GUUCUAGGUUGUGCAGUCUGUUCGCCGUCGUCGUCCCGUCGCGUUGGAACAGACGAUUCCUAUGUUUGUUUUGUAUUGCGCAUUACUUACGUCGUUUUUACUCAAAUUGGAUUUGUUAAAACACUACAGUGUGUGUUACAGACUCUUUCCAUAGCACAGAUUGUUUACUUUGUUUGUCGGUUGCAUCGAAGAAUGAUAAUAAACUAGUGUUAUGGGACGAAAGUCCUGAGUUAAAAGGACGCCAAGACGAACUGUGUACAAUAUUGUGAAUAAACGAUGUGCUGUUCGUGUGUUAUCGUUUCUUCCGCGAUUUGUUACUUAAUUUUGGACAAGAAGUGUUUGUGACUGUUGGUCUCAUAGGUUGACAAUAACCUAAAGUUAAGUUAUUCAUGUAUUGUUUUACAUGGCAGUUUGAAGUACUUCAUUAGAGGUUAUUGAAUGGUGACAUUCAACUUUGGGAGGAUUGUGAGUUUUGGAUAACUCAUGUGAGCUGUGAAGUUGUCACAGUGAAUGGAGUUUUCAUUUAUGAGGCAGAACUAUGCCUCAGAGUUGAACCUAUAACUACAGUGGGCUGUUCCAUUUCUCUGUGGAAAUGAGUGACCGUGUGUUGCGAUCAAGGGUUCGCAAUGGACCAACCUCACUAUCCCUUUCUGAAGAUUGGGAGAAAGUGAGAUUCAGCGCGGGUCGCCGGCGGCAGAAGGAGGUGCAGCCGCUCAACACCGUGGCGCAGGAGCGCUUGUUCAAGCAGGACCAGAGGCAGCCGCUCAAGAAGCGUGUGGUGUUCUCCAGCAGGCGCUACUCUAGCGAUGACCUACCCAACGGCAAGGCGCACGCCAUCGCGGACGCCGGCAGCCCCAUCGUCGGCAUCCUCAAGCAGUCCCCGCUGCAGCAUGAGUCGUUCAUCAGCGACGUCAUCGACGAGGAGGUGGACGUCGACGAGCAGGUGCCGUCCACCCCCAAGGCGCAGCGCGGUCGGCCGCGGACCAGGGGCCGUCCUGCCGCCGCGGCGGGGGGUCGCGGCCGCGUGAGCAGCAAGCACGCGUCCUUCACGGAGGAGGCGAGCGCCUCGCCCUGGCAGUCGGCGUCCUCGUCCAUCCUGGCGGCGCUGGCGCUGUCCGUGUCGCCCCUCGCGCGCAAGCGCGCCAAGCAGGCCGAGGCGAUCGCCAAGGAGGAGGAGGCGGUGCGGCGCGCCGUGCACUUCUACAAGAGCUCCGGCGAGUGGUGGAAUGUUUUCCCCAAAACGGACUAUUCCUAUUCUCGAAUGUCAAGUUUCCACCGUGAGAUCUCACCUGGGGUGCCGACAUUGCCAAAUAUGUCACGACCUGGUCUCCAUACUGAAAUUCAUCACCAAAACAUAGCAAAAAAAUUGCUAUACUCUGACAUUCAUGGAUCUGAUUCUGAUGAGGUAGAUGACGCAAGAUCCAGUUUUCGUUUUUCUCAACCACAAAAUCAUCCAAGUGUCUGGAAGACAACCCUUACUUUAAUAAUGACAACUCUAACCAGUAUUUUAACUAUCUUUUAUUCAAAAGUGAGAAGUAUUGCAGAGCGUGCUUCCACCAUCUUCAGUACAAAGAGAAAACCUGCAUAUGUUUUUGGAAACCAAGUUUACCAUCCUAAUAGGCAACAACCCUCUGGUGUUGUUUCAAGAAUCUGGCUAUCAUUUCUUGAAACAGUCAGCAACACCUACCAUUGGAUCAGGCGUACUUCUGUCUCAAAUAAUAGGAUAUUUAAUGGAGGCCAACAAAGGAGAAAUAGUUGGCUCAUACCUAUUCUCCUGCUAAUACCACUUAUUUUACUCACCGGAUUGUGGAGGUCAUCAGAGGACCAUCAAUCGUCUAUUUCUCAAAUUACUUCAGCUGGUUUAAAAGGCCUUGGCAACUGGAUAUGGACCGUUCUACAACUUCCAUUUGAAUUGGCUUAUGCUAUAGUCUCACUUCCCUGGCAUUUCUCGUCAAACUUUAUGUCAAUCUUGUAUGAUAUAAUUUUAUGCCCCCUCAUACUUCUUCAGUCCAUAUUUGAUAUCCUUUGCUCCUUUAGCUGGAACAUAGUUUCUCUGUUCCAAAUGUUACUCGCUCCAAUAUUAAGCUUGAAGAUGAAUUUGUGGGACACAUCGUCUGAGCAUGUUAUCCAAGGAAGUGAAUCUUAUUUAGAUCUACCUACUGGAAUAGACAAUGAUGGCAUCAAAGCUCUUUUAAACUCGGCUUUGCAAAAACAGGAAGAGUCCAUCUUGCUACGAAUGUCAAAAACUCAUGAUGGUCUUAGGGCAGAUUUCCUUUCAAAAAUGGCAGCGCAAGAAAAGCAACUCCGUGCUGAGUUGGAAGCCAAGGAAGGACUUGGGCAGCAGUUAAAUUUGAAAGUUACCCAUUUACAGGAUGAAUUACGACGGCUACGCAGGAGAUUUUCUACAUGCUGCAGAGGAUCUGAACCCUUACCUUUUGAUGCUGUGAGAGGAAAAUUAUGGGAAGAAUUAAAGAAACUUUUGUCAAGUCCUGAAGGGUUGGUUCUACUAGGUGCAGCUGCUGUUUAUAAUUCUCCUGCUGACAAAUCUCAAGCCAAUAUUCCACAAUUUAAUGAUACUGAAAUACGAGCUUGGAUUAGCUCUAGCUUCCUCGACAAAGAUGAUUUUGAGAAAGCUUUGGCUAAUAUGACGAAGUAUUUCAACGAAGAGCUUGAGAGGCGUAGUGCUAAUAUGAUGGCAGCAACUGCAGAGGAAAUUAAUGCUAGGAUAGCAAGACAAAGUCAGAUUCAUUUAGCCCAAAUCUCAAAACUUCAGUCAGAGUUGUCGACCUCAUUUGGGUAUCAAACUAGUCACUUCCAGAACAGAGCAACAUCAUCAGUCACUGAUUCAACACUCUCUGUAGAUGAAUCAAUAGUGCGUAAAAUAGUUGAUGCAGCCAUUGCCGUUUAUGAUGCUGACAAAACAGGCAUGGCAGACUAUGCUCUUGAGUCUCAAGGUGGACAGGUUGUUAGUACACGCUGUACAGAGACAUAUCAGGUGAAGUCUCCUACUCUCUCUGUGUUUGGAGUCCCUCUUUGGUAUCCAUCUAAUAGUCCUCGUACUGUAAUCCAGCCUGGUAUGCACCCUGGUGAAUGUUGGGCUUUUGUUGGAUCUCAAGGAUAUCUUGUGAUUCAACUCUCCCAUCGAAUACGUGUAAAGGGUUUCACAUACGAACACAUUUCUCCUGUUCUCCUGCCAACUGGAAAAAUGAACUCCGCUCCCAAAGAAUUUUCAAUUUAUGGUCUGAGUACAGAAGGUGAUCCAACUCCAGUUUUGCUUGGUGACUACCACUACCUUCAAAACAGCACUAGCAUGCAGUUUUUCCCAGUACAACAGUCGAAUGCACCACCUCUACAGUUGAUUGAGAUUCAGGUAAAAUCUAAUCACGGCAACAUAAAUUAUACAUGUAUGUAUCGCUUUAGAGUUCAUGGCACAAUUGCAUAAAUUAUCGUUAGGUCUUUUUUUUUUUGUUGUUAACUUCACUGAAUAGAGCCAAAGCCUAUUCAUUAUAUCAUUCUCACAAUUUAAAUUAUUGUUUUGUGAGUUCUCAUAAUUUAUUUUUCUUUAUUUUUUGUUUUCAAUUUUGGGAUAAUCUAAUGUAAGAGCAAAAGUACCCUAAAGCUAUGCAUUUAGCCUGGUCAAAUAUUUGGAUUAGUGUUACUUGGUCAUAAAAGUGGAGGGCUGACAUAGCUUUAUCUUAAGUUCCUCAGUGUUUGUUAGUGUUGCUUCCACUUACAAAAUUAUGAUCUCUGCCUUGUAUUUAUUUUAUGUUUGAUUUGCUGCCACAAUAUUUUAAUGAAGUGUCCUUACUUGAAACAAGUUUAGGCCUUUGGCAAUACCUACUUUUGACUGGUGUUUUUCUAAUCAAAAUGGAUUAACUACAUCUUAAAACUUCUUGUGGGUUUCCUAUGUAUAUUUAGUAGAAGCUAAGGUAAACCAAAGUCAAUAUUUUUGAGUGUUUAAAUAUUAAAUAUUUAUUGUUAGUGAUAUGUUAUGAUUUUACCUAGUCCUUGAACAAGUAUUUGCUAAUAUUCCUUUUUUUUGUAAGGCCUAGUACUUUUAUUCAAAGGGAGAAGUUGUUAUAUGAAACUGGUCGCUUUAUAACCACUGAUCUCUUCGUUUAAAAGCUUUUAACUACCAUAUAUCAAAAAACUCAGGAAGAAGAAAAUUUGUGACUUAAAACUUACAAAAUUGUUUUGGCAGGAACUGAAAUGGUUUCUCAUGUGCUGAUCUCAAUGGUCAGAGGUCUUGUGUUGAUCAUUGAUUCAUGAUAUUGGAUCUCAAUUUCAAAUGAUAAGGUUUUGGAGUUCCAAAUAAAUAGCUAGGAUUUAGCUCAAAGUUUUACAUGUAGUUUUGUGUCAGUACAAACAGCUAUUUUAUAUUGCCAUACAAACAUAGUGUGCUGGUUAGUCUAAGAAUUGAGAAUUGUUUUAAUUCCUAUGCAGUAGCACUGAGAAGUGCUUUGCACUAUGAAGGUACACUAAUGUCCAUGAAUAUGAAGUCUUAUAUUGUGUGUGCCUCAUUGAGCAACAAAUGUGAUAAAUGAUCUAGUUGUAAACUUUACCACCUAAAGAGACCUUCUAUGUUAUGUCUAAGACUUAAUAAUUUAUUUUACUAUACAUUUUCUGUCAUGUUUAGAUAUACCCCUUAGUGCUACUUGAAGAGAAUAUUUCCUGAAUUUCCUCUAAAGACAUUGGUUUUGUACUUACUCUGUGAGUUCACAAGUCAUAAACUAAGAAAGCUGGAAUGUCUUUCGCUGUAUAGUGCUGCUUUCUUUGUUUGCUCUCAUAAAACCUUUUGUGCCAUGAAAUUGUUUUGCUACUUUUUAUUCUAGACUUGCAAAGGAAUAUACUGUAGUUUGUGCUUGUCUUUUUCAUAUUUGGCAGAAACUCUUACUGUCAACUCCAAUAUCCCCCUCUUACCGAUCCACUACUCAUUCAUUUUUCUUAUCUACCUUAUAUGUAAUAUUGUCAUAUAGAUCUUGAUCUUCCAGAUUGAAUCGUAUUGUCCCAGUUCUUCCUUCUUUGCAUUUUUGCUUUCUGAUCAAAUUUUGUUGAUACCAAAGUUGCCUGGUUUUUACCAUUUUACAAAUGUAAUUUUAGCAUGUGAAAAUAACUUACUGUGUUGUAAAAUGAUGUUUAGAGUAGUUUGCAUACCGUACAAAGAAAACUGUAUUUGUCUAACUUAUUUUCAGAUGCAAUAAAUUAUUGCAUUCAUUCAA